AAAAAAGAAGAAGAAAAACAAACUCUAUACAAAGAUUAACAGAAUGACUUUUGCUGAAUCUCUCCACAACAAAAGUUCUGUCUUGAGUAUCAACAUCCUAGUUGUGGAUGAUGAUCCUGUUAUCCUUGAAGUUCUUCCAAAAAUGCUUGUAAAGUCGAAAUACAGAGAUCCAUCGGUUAUGGAGAUCAAAGUUAUAGCUGAAGAAGACCCGGUGAAAGCAUUGGCUAUUCUAAAACUUCAACGAAACAAUAUCGAUCUCAUAAUCACAGAUUAUUACAUGCCUAGCAUGAACGGUCUACAACUCAAAAGACGAAUCACUGAGGAAAUUGGAAAUUUACCUGUCAUUGUUGUAUCAGCGGACGCCAACAAGGAGCAGGAGAGUUUAACUUGUGGAGCGCUGGGGUUCCUUCCAAAACCUAUACAAGCAACUGACCUACCAAAGAUAUACCAACUUGCUUUAACCUGCAAGAGGAAUGGUAAGUCCAACUACAAGGCCGACGACACAGGUGCUAGUGUCCCCCAGCAAAUCAAGAUGCUUCCUGAACAAGCUAAUGUCUUGAAGACCAGGAAGAAGUACUCAUCUAAAGCUGCUUCCAGAUCCUUAAACAGUACAAACGGAAGUGGUCUAAUUAGUACCGAUGGUUCAAGAAAAAAUCGGAAAAGAAAACCUAACGGUGGUAGUGAGGAUGGUGCUCCGUCGCAGCCAUCCAAGAAGACUAAGAUUUCGUGGACGGAUGGUCUUAACGACCUAUUCCUACAAGCUAUCCGACAUAUUGGUCUUGAUAAGGCUGUGCCAAAAAAGAUCUUAGCGUUCAUGAACGUACCAUACUUGACAAGAGAGAACGUUGCCAGCCAUUUACAGAAAUAUCGGAUAUUCUUGAGGAAAGUGGCGGAUCAAGGUUUGAUGAGCAUUAUGUCAGCUAGAGGCAUAGACUCGAUGUUUCGACAUACUCAAAUCAAGGAGUCCUACUUCAACCGAUACACACCCUCUACUUCUCUGUACGACACAAGUCUUAACAAUAGAUCAAUCUAUUCCAAACCCGGACAAGGCUUUGGACAGUCGAGACUUUUGUCGACCACACGUGAGCCACCCGUCCGUUUCAACCAGAUGCCUUACAACUACAUGAACCGGUCAUCUACUUACGAGACGCACCAUGUUGGUUCUGGAUCAAACUUGACGCUACCCAUCCAAAGCAACCUCAGUCUCGCCAACCAACCAUUUCAAAACGAGGAAUUAAGAAGCUUUUUCAAACCACCUGUGAUGGCGAACAAAAUCGGCCAAACAUCUCAAGUUCAUGGGUUUGGACAACUUGGACCGUUAGCUAUUAAUUUCAACAAUAACAUGAUGAGUAGCUUUGGAAGUUUUACUCCAAAUCAACCAGGACUUGGCCACUUCUCGUAUGGGAUGCAAUCGUUCUUAAACAAUGAGAACACUGCAUAUAACCCUGAGCCACAUGCCAAUGCAACUACACAGCCAAAUCUUGAACUUCCUCAACUGGAGGAUCUCAACAUACACAGUGGUCUCGGCAAGACUAAUGAGCUUCCUUACAACACCAGCAACUUUCAAUCCGAUCACAACAAGCAGCAACAAGGAGAAGAGGCUUCCAACAAAUUUGAGCUCCCAUCAUUUUUUUCGGCUGAACUGAAUCAGUUUUUAUCUCUUGAAGACGAUAGUGACUGUACCUUUGUGAACGUAAAUGAGGGUCAUUCUAGUGGAGAAAUAGCCAACACUUUUGCUGCUCCUGAGACGAAUCACUCUUAUUUUGCCGCUCCGGAGAUGAAUCCUCCAAGUUUCAACACGAACCCUAAUCAGAAUCAGGAACAAGAUGCUAAUCGAGAUAUUAGCGAUUGGUCGUUUUUGGAUCCACAGGAUUUGGUUGAUGACGACUUCAUGAACUCUCUGUUCAACAAUGACAUGAAUUGAAAAGUGUUCUCCAAGCUGAUGUUUUCAAAGCGAGGUGAAGAAACAAAACCGGCGAUAACUGUCUAGUACGUAGGUUUCUAAACAAAUAUAUAUGUUAUAAAGAAAAAUCGUAAAAGUAAUACAUGUAAUAUAUUUCUAAGGCGUGUUGGAAUAUUAUGUCUUUUCAGCAAGCUAGGGUUGGAUAUUAAGAACUUUUUAAUAUGUAAUAAUAAUAAUACUUUAGCAAAAAAAAAUGUAAUAAAGAUAUAUUCAAAAAUGUA